CUCAGAAUCAACCAUGAUAGACCUUGCAGCUCCCGUUGACAGUGAUUUUACCAGGGCUCUGCCAAAGAUCGAGGUACACGCCCAUCUGAGCGGCAGCAUCAGUCGCCAAUGCCUCCACGAGAUCUGGAAGCGCAAGAAGCUGAAGGACCCCAACUUCCCUAUUGAGGAUCCCUUAAUGCUCAUGCCGCCAGGCAAAGUCGACUACACUCUUCAAACCUUCUUCCAAGUCUUUUCCAAGCUCAUCUACCAACUCUGCAACGACCUAGAAAGUCUCGUCUACGCAACAAACUCGGUCCUCGAAUCCUUCCUCAAUGAUGGAGUCCGCUAUCUCGAGCUACGCACUAUCCCUCGCGCAUCGCCAACAUCCAACAUAACCCGGGAAACAUAUCUAACAACAAUCCUCGAUACAAUCGCCCAGUUUCACUCCAAGGAUAAAAUGUCCGUAUAUCUCAUCCUAGCUCUUGACCGGGGUAACACAACUCCCACCGAAGCCAUGGAAAUCAUUGACCUCGCCAUCGCCAAUAAAGCGCGUGGCGUCGUCGGCGUCGAUCUAUGCGGUAACCCGACGAAAGGAGAUGUUACCAUCUACCGAGAUGCAUUUGCGCGGGCCAAAGCGAAUGGGCUGGGCAUUACGCUGCAUUUUGCCGAGACGCCGGUCUCUGGGGAUGUUAGGGAGUUGGAGGCUUUGCUUUCGUUUCAACCCGAUCGGCUAGGUCAUGUUAUCCAUGUUCCGGCAGACGUAAAGCGGGUGAUUGCGAAGCGGAGGAUUGGAUUGGAAUUGUGCAUAUCGUGUAAUGUGCACGCGAAAUUGAUUGAAGGGGGAUUUCUGGAUCAUCAUUUUGGAGAGUGGAGAGGUCAGGAGUGUCCGAUUGCGUUGUGUACGGAUGAUGUGGGCUUCUUUUGCAGUCCUGUCUCGAAUGAGUAUCUUCUUGCUGCGGAGUACUUUGGCGUUAAUCGUGCAGAGAUGUUGGGUAUGUGUGAGAAGUCGGUGGAUAUGAUAUUCGGUGGUGAACAGGAGAAAAAGAGACUUCGCGAGAUUAUAUUACGCGUCAAGAAUAAUACCUGAAGUACAUUGCAAUAAUGCUAUGCCCACUAUUCUGCGACCAGUAUC